AUUGUCCUUUUAAACGUGGUCAUAUCUCUUUAAUAGUGAACGCGCUAUAGGAACAACAGCGCAACCUUUUAACUUCCGCUUCACGUGGAUUGUCCCAGCUUAUCGAACGUAAAUUUACAUGUAUAAGGUGGAAGGAUUACAGCGCGCGCGGACACUAUGAAGGGAAGUACUUGCCGUUUUAAAUGUAUUUAUCACUUGUUAUUAAUAUGUAUUAUAUUUGAGAGUGUCUCCGCACAUUCCAUAAAGAAGGACAACAAGCUGCUCCUGUUUUUGUUAGAUGGUUUCCGUUGGGAUUAUUUUGACCGACAGGAGAUCAAUCUUCCCGGUUUCCAAAGAAUGAUAAGUGAGGGAACUAGGGCGGAAUACCUUCAGCCGGAUUUCCCAUCACUGUCCUAUCCAAACUACUAUUCUAUCAUGACAGGUCUACAUUGUGAGGACCACGGCAUGGUCGGCAACUACAUGUUUGACACUAAACACAACGAAUCCUUCCUUAUAGGGGUCAAUAAGGCACAGUAUAACGCCUACUGGUGGGACGACGGGGAACCCUUGUGGGUCACUGCCGAGAAACAGGGAAAGCGGUCUUAUUUCUACUCGUGGCCCGGAUGUGAGGUCACCAUCAGGGGAGUGGAUCCAACUUACUGUAAAAAGUACCCAAUGUUUACCUACCCCAAACUGAAAGACAUGCAAGCAGCCAUUGCGGAGGGCCUGGAACUUUUCUCUAACGGAUCCGCGGACGUUGUCGGUAUAUACGUGGAGCUGCCAGACAAGUAUGGACACAAGUAUGGACCGUCAUCGUCACAGCUGAACCAGAAACUGAUGGAGAUUGACACCGAAAUGUUCAAGUUAUUGGACGAGCUCGAGUCACGUGAUCUUCGUGAUGACGUCAAUAUCAUGAUUUUUUCCGAUCACGGAAUGACAGAAGUGAGCGAGACUAGAGUAAUCAACAUUACGGAUUACAUAGAUAUAGAGGAUAUCCGAGUGGUACUAGAUGCGGGAGCGAACGUCUAUAUCUGGCCUAACGACGGCAAACUAGAUAAGGUUUAUAGUGACCUGGUUUCUAUGGACAACUCACACUUGACUGUUCUGAAGAAGGAGGACAUUCCUGACCGGUGGUAUUACCGUAAUCACUAUAGAACGUCCCCUAUCUUACUGGUGGCUGAGAAAGGCUGGUACAUCACCACACCAUUGCUGCCUCGCUUUUAUAGUUAUUACGGCUCUGGGCCAAUGCAGGGGACACACGGAUUUGACAACAGCGAGACUGAUAUGAGGGGCAUAUUCCUCGCCACUGGACCAGACAUAAGCCGAAAUGUAGUGGCAAAAGGUUUCUCUGUCAUUCACAUCUACCAAAUGAUGUGUGACGUCCUGGGGAUCACCCCCAACCCAAAUGACGGUCAGUGGAGCGUGGUGGCCGGAAUUCUGACUCACACAACCGUCUCGUCGACCGUAGUCUGUGCUUACAACAUGUCACUGAUGAUCUUUACUACAGUGCUUGGACUCGUAUGUCUCUGACGAGAGUUGUCGUUCGUUGUCGUUCGGGGAAACAACUGUGUUCAGUGUUAUAUCACAAUAUGUAGAUUUGUGAUUUUAUAUAAAACACUGCUAACAGCUAUUAAUUAUCGAAAACAACCUAAAAAAAUCCAACAGUUUUAUCAUAAAAAGACAUAAACAAGUUUGAUAUUCUUCGUUAUCAACAAGAAU